CAAAUCUCUCGGCUCACCGCUGUGUAUGCUAUAUUAUCGAGUAUUAAUAAUCGUAACUACGAUGCCACAAACUCCACCAGCAUGCGAAACUCCCGGCUGCACCGCUCCAGCAAACUUACAAUGUCCGACUUGUCUUAAAAUUGGAAUAAAAGGCUCUUAUUUCUGUACUCAGGAUUGUUUCAAAAGCAGUUGGAAGGCUCAUAAAAUUCUACAUCAACUUGCAAAAGGAACCAACCAAAUUGAUUCAGAGGAAUAUAAUCCUUGGCCCUACUAUCAAUUUAGUGGAAAGUUACGCCCUGCUCUAAGAGAAGUUGUCCGCAAACUUCCAAAUACUAUUGCAAGACCAGAUUAUGCAGUUCAUCCAACUGGUGUACCACUGAGUGAACAAGCAGUAAGAGGUUCUGCACAAAUCAAGGUCUUAGAUGAUGAAGAAAUUGAAGGGAUGCGUGUUGCAUGCAAGCUUGGAAGAGAAGUUUUAGAUGAAGCUGCAAAAGCAUGUGAUGUAGGUGUGACUACUGCCGAAAUAGAUAAAAUUGUUCAUGAAGCAUGCAUCGAAAGAGAUUGUUAUCCCUCCCCUUUAAAUUACUACCAAUUUCCAGCAAGUUGCUGCACAUCAGUCAAUGAAGUUAUUUGUCAUGGGAUUCCAGAUAAGAGGCCUUUGGAAGAUGGUGACAUUUGUAAUGUUGAUGUCACUGUAUAUCACAAUGGAUUUCAUGGAGACCUUAAUGAAACAUUCUUAGUUGGAAAUGUUAAACCAGAGAUAAAAAAACUUGUUGAGGUGACUUAUGAGUGCCUUUGUAAAGCCAUUAAUAUUGUACGUCCAGGUGAAAAGUACAGAGAAAUAGGAAAUAUUAUCCAAAAACAUGCUCAAGCAAAUGGUUUGAGUGUUGUGAGAAGCUAUUGUGGCCAUGGAAUCCAUCGUCUUUUUCACACAGCUCCUAACAUACCACAUUAUGCCAAAAACAAAGCAGUUGGAGUAAUGAAACCUGGUCACUGUUUUACAAUCGAGCCCAUGAUUUCUCAAGGUACAUGGCGUGACGUGAUGUGGCCGGAUAACUGGACUGCAGUUACGGCUGAUGGUUUAUGGUCAGCACAAUUUGAACAAACACUAUUAGUAACUGAAACAGGAUGCGACAUUUUAACAAAGCGAUUUACCAAUGACGGUAGCCCGUGGUUUAUGGACCGCUCUUAGUCACUUGCAUUUAAAAUUUUUUAUUUUUUAUGUAAAUAAAUUACAAACUAUCACAUAAUAAUAAGAACUGAACAAUUAUUUUGCUUAAUUUUUAUAAUUGUUGAUGUAUCAUUGAAUAGUCUGAGCAUCAUAUCCAAUGAUUUAUUAUGUUAUGAAAUUAAUUUUAUUCAAUAUUAUUUCUCAUGUUCAGUAAACAUUAAUCGCUAAUC